GUGGUUCCUGUUUAUAGAAAGAUGGCGUCGCAGGCAAAUCGUGGUGUCCCUCUAAGUACACUUUGUCCCAAAUUUCUUCAUAGCAAUUCUACCAGCCACACCUGGCCCUUCAGUGCCAUAGCUGAACUCGUAGACAAUGCCUACGAUCCCGAUGUUAAAGCCAAACAGUUCUGGAUUGAUAGGACUGAAAUCAAGGGUGAAGAAUGUCUCAGCUUUAUGGACAAUGGAAAUGGACUAAACAAUGAAACGAUGCAUAAGAUGCUCAGCUUUGGCUAUAGUGACAAGGUUGCUGCCAAUGGCGUUGAGCCGAUUGGUAUCUAUGGCAAUGGUUUCAAGUCUGGAUCCAUGCGCCUGGGUCGAGAUGCCAUUGUAUUCUCCAAGUCAAAGAUGACCUCAUGUGUUGGGAUGCUCUCUCAAACUUACCUGGAACACAUUGGUGCUACACAAAUAAUUGUACCUAUUGUGAGUUUUGAGGAAAAAGGAAACAAAUAUAUGGUAAAAGAGGAGCACAAAGCCAGUCUGCAGGAUAUCCUGCGCUAUUCACCUUUCAACACGGAGGCAGAACUGCUUGCUGAGAUCCAGGCCAUCGGUUCGCAUCAGUUCCAAACAAAGGCCACCGGCACCAGAAUCAUCAUCUGGAAUCUCCGCAGGACAACAUCUGGAACAACAGAGUUUGACUUUGGGACUGAUCGUUAUGAUGUCCGAAUUCCAUCCGAUGUGUAUGAGGAGCUCAACAGUGAUCAGAAUACAGAAAGAGCCAGAUCAUACAUUCCAGAAAGUGAAUUUUCAUUGCGGGCAUAUUGCAGUAUUUUAUACCUGAAGCCUCGGAUGCAAAUCAUAAUACGUGGCCAAAAGGUGAAGUCUCAGCUCAUCGCCAAAAGUCUGGCCCACAUCAGAAAGGACCACUACAAGCCCAUUUUCCUUAACAAACGUAUUCCUAUAACUUUUGGGUAUAACACCAAAAGCAAAGACCAAUACGGGGUUAUGAUGUACCACAAGAAUCGACUCAUCAAGGCUUACGAGCGUGUGGGCUGCCAGAUCAAGGCUAACAACAAAGGUGUUGGUGUUAUUGGCGUCAUAGAGUGUAACUUUUUGGAGCCUACCCACAACAAACAGAAUUUCAUGGAGAACGAUAAGUACAGGAAGACGAUCACCAGUUUGUGCAUCAAACUGGAAGAGUACUGGAAUGAAAUUCGCCAUGUGAGAAAUAGAGAGGAUCCAGACAGCACCAUACCACUGGAGGACACCAUGAAGAGACCAGAUCAAAACUGGGUGCAGUGCGAUGACUGUUUGCAGUGGCGGAAACUUCCAGACGGGAUAGACUUCAGCAGGCUACCAGACAAGUGGUUCUGCCGCAUGAACCCUGAUCCUCAUUUCAGGAGCUGCCAUGUACCCGAGGAGCCUGAGGAUUCUGAUGAUGAUCAGCCUUCAUACCGCAAGACGUACAAACAACAAGAGAGGGAGGACAGAAAGAAACAAGAAAUGAAUAAACAAAACGAUGUCACACAGUUGGUUCAGUCCCCCUCAACCAAGGUUAACCUCGAGAGACAAGGUGGCCCUCUGAGGGUUAAUUCAACCAUGAUCACAUCCUUGAACUCUUCACAAGUUGCUUGCUGCCCCUCCAGUAAUGAUGGUCUUCCAGUCAUUUCAAAUGUGUGUUCUCUGUCAGAGGAGCUCUCCAGGAGGAUGAAGAGAAUAGCUCCUGUUAAUCCGCAAAUGACACCCAAAAGACCGAGAGUGAAUGGCAUCCAGAGCAGGACUCUGAACCGAACAGCACCUGCGCUCAUGAGCACACUGAACCCUUCAUCACCCCUGACCACUACUCAUGAGCAGGAGGAUAGUGAUGACAUCGUGAUCUUAGAGAAUGAAAGUACCCCCGUACCAACGAAGCCCAGCAUUGAAAUCAGAAACAUAAAAACAGAAGCAGAGCAAAGGAACUCCAGCGAUGGACUAUUGAUGGAGUGUAGCGAUGACGCUGCAGUGGAUGUUACUUCAGAGAUCCAUGCCACAGCAAACCAGACUGUGACGCCAUCUGGAGGAGCAGGUCCCUCCCAAGUUCUCCCUGUGUCAUCAAGGAACAUCACCACUCAGACUGAACAGCCCAUAGUGAAGGAUGAAAAUAAAACCUCAUUGAGACUAACUGACGGGGACGGUGGUGCAGCCGUGAAGAUAGAGAGGAAUGGAGACACACACACGGGGACUGGAAACCGCACAGCACAGAAUGGGCUGGAAGUGGGCAGCCUACCUUCACAUGCAGGCAUUCCAGAUUCAUUAUUCAUCACGAGUAUGGAUGAGGUACAGGAACAGCAAGACCAGCUGCUGGAGCUCAUGCAGGCUGCAGCUCAGGAACGAGAUGCCUUGAAAGAGCAGGUGAAACAGCUCACCCUCCAGCUGCAGGAGAAGUACAGCGCAGUGUGUCAAAACACCAUCAAGAAGGAGUGUUCUCCACAGGCCACCCAGACUGAGCAGCUCGGGUUAGACUACAAAAGUCUGUUUGAGAAAGCUAAUCAGAAAGUCGAAGAACUAAUUAAGGACAAAGAGGUUUUGUACUCGCGGCUGCAGAGUCUACAGGAGGAAAAAGAAAACCUGGAAUUAAAGUGUGAUGAGCUGACACUGAGCUUGCAGCAGCAGCUGCAGCAAAAACAGCAGCAGCAGCAGGAGGAGAAGGAGCAGGAGGAGGAUGCAGAGGAACGAGCCACGACUUCUCAUGGCGCCAGUGAAACAACGAUGCCAACAGCUCCACAAGAUGCAGAAGAGCCGGGUCCCAGCUCAGACUCAUUUAGAAGUUUGAUCGAGCUGCGGCAUAAUGUUGGACGUCUCCUCGUCUCCUACGUGCCUGCUCUGGCCCUGGACCAAGUGAAUUAUAAGUGUAGCGUCAUUGACGAGAUCCUGGAACAGGUUCUACUUUCUAAUGAGUCUUCCUCAGCAGCUGAACAGCAAAUGAAUGAAUAAAUCAUCAGAUCAGACAUUUUGUUGUCCCAUGGUAGCUGUCAGUAAUACUUAUGUGUGUUUGUCUUAUUUAUUUAGUACUGGCAUGUGUGUGCACAGUUUUUGCUACAUGCAAUUGUUGUUAUUUUUUUAUUUUUUUUAUUUUAACUUACCAGAGCAAGGGAGUUGUGGAGCCACACAUGGAGAAAAAGCAAUAGAACAUCUACAGCAGGUGUGGGCAACUUGUUCCAGAAAGGACCAAGAGGGCGCAGGUUUUCUUUGCAGCCACUGACUCCACCAGGUGGUUUCACUGAUUAUCACUUUGAGCAGAUGGAAUCAGUUAAUCAGUGAAAUCACCAGGUGGAAUCAGUGGCUGCAAAGAAAACCUGCACCCUCUUGGCACUUUCUGGAACAAGUUGCCCACCCCUGAUCUACAGUAUUGUGAUGCACAAAAUUGCUUAAAUUUCCAAAUAAGUCAUGGGUUGUUGUUUUGUUUUUGUUUUUGCCAACUGUUAAAUAUUUGAUUGAUCAUGAGAAAAAAUCAACCAUUUUGACAAAUGACUUUUUUUUUACAACUUCAUUUAUGAAGUAAAAUGUCAACUUUGGACUGGUUAGAAUGUUGUGGCUCUUUUCUGUUUCCAGAUAAACUGGUUUUAAAAUAUUCUACAUCAAGGGCAACAGAAUAUGUUAAACUGCUUCAAAAAUGCUUUGAACUUCUUGAAACAAGAUGUCUUAUUUUACACUUAAAGCAGCUUUCAGCCUUAAACUGGCAAUAUUGUGAUUAAUGCAUUUACACAAAUCUACAAGUGGUUUAAACUACUUUUGUAGUUUAUCAGACUAAUGGAAAAGUGGUUGAAAUUUGAUUUAAACCAGCUGAAUGUAAGAUCAGUUGGGUUUUCGUAGUUGUCAGAAACCUGCUGAGCAGCUAUGGGAUGUUUGAUGAAAAUAAUUCGCUUUUAUUCGUUGAGUGUUAAAUUACAAAACGCAUCGUUUCAGGUCUCUUUCUACAUAGCAUAUGCUGAUACUGUACAUAUUACCGCAUUUUCCAGAGUAUAGGUCACAUUCAUUUUUGAAAUGUUUCACAAUAAUGCAAAGAAAAACAUUUUGGAACAAACUGGAAAAACUAUUCAGUCACAUACUAGCCAAAAAUAAUAUGGACUAAAUAUCUUUAAUGUUUCAUCUUACCACUGUACUGAAAAUGUACCAAUCAAUCAUUUUAGCUCAUCUGGACCAAAGAUCCAAAGAGUUUGUGUCAUGAUGACGUCAGUCGUGCAUCGUCCAGCAUCCAUUCACAGUUCAUAGAAAAUUGUUUUUCUCCUUCAAUUAUUGAUGUAUUUUGAUUGCGAUGGUUUUGUUUGCUUUAUCAAGGCAGUGUUUACAAUUCUUCCUUGCAGAAUUUGAUUUUUUUUUUUUAUUUAAUUGGAGGCAACAUAUGGCCUUUUGGUGGUGAAAACACUGGAAUUCACCCAAAAUAGGGCAUGUUUGAGAAUUGUGUGGUUUACAGCAGUACAUAUAUGCUGUUAUAAACAUUGCACCUGGUAGUUCAGAUUUUAUUUGAAAGAGUAUUUAUAUAAUUGUGUAAAUGCUCAAAUGACUCUUAGAAAACUUAAUUAUUGGUAAAGAAUUGUAUUUCAGGUAUGUCAUUGUUGAACUGCGUAAUGUGAGGAAAUAAUCCAGAAAGUUAAACCGGGUGAGCUCUGCGUCACUUACGCUCUGGUUUGGUGUACCAUUACACCUCUAUUUUUUUUUUAUAUAAAAGUCACAUCACCUCCCAAACUAGUGUAAAAAUAAAUAAAUAAAACCCACGACUUCUAGUAUGUCACAAAUGGUGUAUACUUUACACAGACCCAGCAUUCACACAUCAAAAAGCACAUGGUGAUAGUAGCAAAAA